GAUGGGUAGGCGCGAGGUGGCCCGGAAAGGGAGCGGAGAGGUUAAGGCGACGGGGAUCCUCCCACCAGAUUCAGCCUGUCUGUCCUUCCCAAAAGGCCCCGCAAGCCCCUGGCCCAGUGGCCUGUGCGCCCUCGUCCUCGCCCCCACCCUUGGCCGACCCCCAACUGCCCCCGCGCAGCAGACCCCGCGCCCCCUUCCCCGCGGGCGCCCAGGCCGCCCUCGGUCCUCACCUGUCCUCUGGAAGCCGCGACACACGGGAGCGGGGCGCCCUGACUCACCGCCGGGGGUCCGCCGGGGCCAUGCCCUUCCCGGGCCGGGGGCGAGGCGGCGAGGCUUCCCAGCUCGGCGCGGCGAGCCGGCGCCCUUUUAUUCGCGUCGCCGAGAGGCUUCCCCGAGUCCACGCCUCGGCCCACCCCCACCCUGCCCUGCCCCACCCCGGGGAGACGGGGCGCGGGCCCGAGCCCAGGGACCCUGGCCGCGCGCGCUGCGCUCAGCCCUCCUCGCGCCUCUUCAUCGCGCCUCGCCCGCUGCGGCUGCGGGAGCGGCCGGGGCCCAGCGCGCAGCGGCUUUGGGACCGAGUCCCGCCGGUCCCGGAGCCAGGCCGGGGACUAGGGGCCGGGGGCGCGCCGGGGCGCCGAGCGGGGCUGCAAAACGGCCGCCUUUCCUUCCGGGGAAGGGACAAGGCGCGCGCUUUGCACCCCUCCGCGCAGGCCGGAGUUUGCUCUGGCGGCUUCCCCCGAACCCGUGUGCGGGCGGGAGCCCCCUCCGGCAGGCCCGGCUGCAACGUGAGACCCGCAGCCACGCCCUCCCGCCUCUCCGGUGGCUCCUGGACGCCCGCCUCUCCCGACCGCCAGACUCGGCCUGCCGGGAAGGUGGGAGCGCGCUCCUCCCGCCCCCACGAGCGGCCUGCGGGGGGCAGGGCGGGGGCGGGGAGCCGCGGGGGAGCCUGCUGCGGGAAGCUGGGGGCCACCUGGGGAGGGGGCGCGACAGCACGGCUGGAGAGCGCCGUGCGUCCAGGAGCCAGAUGGGGACGCAGGAGAAGGGCACCCAGCUUCCAGAAGGAAUGAGGGCCCGAGAAAGUUAGGAAGGGAUCAGGUGAGGACAUUCCGCGCAGAGACACCCCCCCCCCCCAGCCCCCGGAAGAAAGGACAGAGCUUCUGUGAAGGGAGAAAAAAACUAGGUGUCCAAAGGCCAAGAUUCAGGAAAAGAACAUUCCAGAGGUCCUGACAGAGCCUUUGCAAGGCCGGCCAUGAGAUGGGGAGUCGUAGGACGCGGCCGCAAAGGAGCCCGGCGUUCCGUUGCUUCUGAUGCCUGGAGUCCGGGCUGCCUCGGUUUCUUCCAAGAAACACACGUGGGUUCCUCCGCGUCCCUUGCCCACGGCGGUAUCCACAAGGAUGCGAUGAUCUCGCCCACAUUCUGGAGCAGCAUAAUCUCCACCUCU